CCUGUUAAACUCGAGUUUUCUACCAACAGGAACAGAACGGCAACUCUGAUUUUCUCCGAUUUUCUCUGAUAUUUGUUUCCUUUUAAAUCGUCUUUUACAGUCUUGCUUGUCUCUCUCACCUACCCAGAAAGCAGUUUCAGACAAAGAAGAGAAAACAGCAGGGAAAAGAAGAUGCUUUCAGGUUUAACUACUGGAAGUCAAUUUCGGCCUAAAGUUUUGAACUUGCAUAGAAUGCAAAUUGAUGCAGGGUCAAGGGGAGGAACAUUGCCGUUCGUAAGAAUUAGGUCAUUCCCAAAGAAUAAAAUUAGGUGCAACAUUGUGCAAUUGAACCAAGUCUUCUCUACUGAUGGGGAGCAUGAAAAGAAUCACGCUUUGGUCAAAAUGUGUGGUAUUACAUCAGCCAGAGAUGCUACAAUGGCAGUGGAAGCUGGUGCCAAACUUAUUGGGAUGAUUCUUUGGCCCAAGUCAAAACGUUCAGUUUCACUUUCAGUCGCAAAGGAAAUAUCAAAAGUUGCAAGGGAAUUUGGGGCAAAGCCUGUUGGAGUCUUUGUGGAUGAUGAUGUAGACACAAUUCUAAGAGCUUCGGAUGCAGCGGACCUUGAAUUUGUGCAGCUUCAUGGAGAUGUGUCUCGGGCAGCUUUUCCAAAGUUAGUGCAAGAAAACAAAAUUAUAUAUGUUCUUCAUGCAAAUCAAGAUGGAGACCUUCAAAACCAAAUUUCUGAUGAAGACUGUUCUUUAGUGGACUGGAUUCUUGUGGAUAGUGCUGCGGGUGGCAGUGGCAAAGGAUUUAAUUGGACUCAGUUUAAGUUACCCCCAAUCAAAAGCAAACAUGGCUGGCUUUUAGCUGGGGGGAUCAACCCUGAUAAUGUUUGUGAGGCCAUUAAUACUCUCAGACCUCAUGGAGUUGAUGUAAGCAGUGGUAUUUGCACCUCAGAUGGUAUUCAGAAAGAUCAAUCACGAAUUUUUUCUUUCAUGAGUGCAGUACGUGCUAUACCAUAUUGAUUGAUCUGUGGAAGGGGAGAGAUUAUCCAUCCAUCGAUAGCAAUUGAACAGUCGAGAUGUGGAUUAGUUACAUUAAUGUACAUUCACUGCAUAAUUUAUCGAUUAUGUACCUUGAACUACAAGGUGAAAUUGUAAGUAAUUGUAGACAUCUUGUCAAUUCAACAGACAAGCAAUUGUGACAAGCCACCCUCAAAGAGUAUGACUGGUUUUACUAGCAUUUAUAAUGAUGAAUAAAAAUGUGAUGGAUGUGGACAAUCGAAAUUCUACUUUCUGUCCAUAUUUGUUGUACCUUU